AUGUCGCGACCCCACUGUUUUGUUUGCGGCAUUGUGAAAGCUCCUGGAGGGGUCCCGUUUCAAAUAAUUGAAAACUGUAUUGUACCCGGCACUUUCAAACCUAUCAAAGUUAUAAUAAAACACUUUGAGAAGGUAAUACAUCAGCCAUUAGAUCUGACUCCCACUUCGGCGGCAUGUAAGGCAUGCUUGGAAUAUCUCUUCAAUUACGACCGCUUGGCGCGACACCUUAGCCAAGUGCAAUCGAAAAUUGCAAAUUCCAUGGUAAACUGUAGGCGACCAAUAGCGCAAAAGAGGAAACUAGACACGUCACAGAAGGAGGAAGCUAUUCAACCAGAGAAAGCCGCAAAACAAUGUACACAAAGCCAAAAGCAAACGGAAGAUUGCCAUAGUAAGUCCGCCACAGAAGAUGAAAUUGAGUCUGGGACGGACCAUGAGACAUUCACAGAUGAAACGAGACUGGACAAGCACUACGACGAAGACGACAGUUUUCAAGAUGUGCGUUAUGAUGCCACUUGUAAUAUAUGUGGGAUCAAAGUAAGGGACGAGGAGGUUCUUGAUUUGCAUAUGAACAUCCAUGAAGGCAAAUCCGAGCUGGAGUGCAGAUACUGCUCUAAAAAAUUCUCCCAAAAACGCAGUGUACUACGCCAUAUGCAGGUGCAUUCGGAUAAAAAGAAAUUUCAAUGUGAAAAGUGUGGGGAAUGCUUUUCAAUUUCAUGGUUAAUGUACAAUCAUCGAAUGCUACACGAUGCUGAAGAAAAUGCUCUCAUUUGCGAUGUAUGUAAACAGCAGUUUAAGACAAAACGCACCUACACCCAACAUCUGCGAACUCACCAGGCCGAUAGGCCCCGCUAUCAAUGCACUGACUGCAACAAAUCCUUCGUAGAUAAAUACACUCUAAAAGUUCACAUGCGUGUUCACAAUUCAGCUGGCCUGGACACCGAGAAGAAGGCUAAUACCUGAGGCGUUAGAUAAUCCUGACAAUCUUUGUUUAAGGAUACAAUAGAAUAUUUAAAUUGGUAAUUAUGUAAACUCAAAUUAAUUUUAAAUAGUAAAAGUAAUGAGUGUGUUAAACUUGAUUACUUUAAAUUAAAUACAA